CUUCGCUAGCCAAGUGUUUUCGGUCCACUCUGCUCCCCACAAACCCUUGGCAGAUUAAGCGAUUUAAACUGUGGCUGACAGGUGCGACAUCUAGCGAAUGCACUGAAAUUAAACUACUGGGUUCAACCAAUCGCGCGAUAGCUUUCAUAACCUACUUGAUAAAUAUCGUAAACAAGACAACAUGGCGGCUAUCAGUGUAAAAAUAUCGGAGAUACAGAACUUUUUUCAGAUCCAACUGACAGAAAAUCAAAUUCGUGGGAUAAAGGGCUUAGCGGCUGGCCAGGACGUUUUCGUAGGCACACGGACGGGAAGUGGAAAAUCUUUAAUUUACGAAAGUUGUCCAAUUAUCUUUGGCGAGUCGAGUGUGUGUGUGGUAAUAUCCCCACUUCUCAGCAUCAUGAAAGAGCAGGUGAAUAGACUAUCUGGUCUAGGUUUGAAAGCAACAUAUAUUGGGAAAAAAGAUUGCUGUAUAGACGACGUUACGAGGGGAUAUUAUCAGUUUGUCUUUGGAAAUCCUGAAGUGCUGGUUGGAAACGACAAAUGGAGAGGAAUAUUUCGACAUCCCGAAUUUUCUCAACGACACAAGUUGACAGUUAUUGAUGAGGCACACACAGUUUAUCAAUGGGGCGAGAAAAAGGAUUCUGAUGAUGCCUUCAGGGAACAUUUCUCAAAGAUCGGCGAGUUGAGGUCCCUCAGUUUGAACAUUCCACUACUCUCUCUUACAGCAACCGCAAGUCCGUCAAAUAGGAAACGAAUCCUGAAAAGUUUAUGUUUCCGUGAUAAUCACAUUGUAAUAAUUGACAGUCCUGACAGACCAAACAUCAAGAUUAAUGUUAAAUGUGUAAAAAAUAAUUCUGACAUUAGUGACAUAUUUUCAUGGGUUAUUGACGAACUCAACUCAAGGAAAAAAAAUGAACAAAGAAUUGUGAUAUUCUGUGAAAGCAUUAAAGACUGCGCCGUUCUCUACACCAUGUUCAGACGGAAAUGUGAUGCUUCUUUAGUACAAAUGUUCCACAGCAAAACCGCAGAGCACAUCAAGGAAAAAAUUCGCAUUGAUAUGGAGUCAGAAGAUGGCCAAAUUAGGGUCCUUAUUAGUACAAAUGCUGCAGGAAUGGGAGUGAACUUUAAAGGCCUGCAUAAUGUUGUUCACUAUGGACCUCCACGUGACCUUGACACACUAGUACAGCAAAUGGGCAGGGCAGGAAGAGAUGGUGAAUUCUCUGUUGAAUUAAUUUUAUACAAAAAUCAUAAGGGACAUUUAAAAAAAAUAGACAGCGACGUUCUUUCAUUGAUAAAAUCAGAGGAUCAGUGCCGAAGAAACAUUUUGUGUAAAGCAUACAACGCUCAUUCACACAUUUUUGAACACUUGCAUGAAUGUUGUGAUUUUUGUGAAAAGACCUGCAAAUGCUUAGACUGUCCUAGGCUAUCUCAUCCUGUAUUUAAUGCAAUUGAGCCACAGGAAGAGGACGCAUUUCAACGUGAUGUGACUGAUGAGAAUAAGAUAACUCUCAAACAUAAACUAGAACUUUUACAAAGUAAUCUACCUAAGUUAUUUGGCAACAAUUCGGAACUAAGUGUAGAAACUAUUAAGUGUAUUACUGACAAUUGUCACAGAAUAUUUACAACAAGCGAUGUGAUGGAAUAUGGAACAAUCUGGCUGCUCGACACUGCUGAACAAGUGAUUAAGAUUUUUGAUGAUGUAUUUGAUGAUAUUAUAAUAUAUGGUUCAUCAGACUCUGAAAACGACUUCACUUGAUGUAUUAAGUUGUGCAUAUUGAAGUUUAAUUUUGUCAGAAUUUAAUAAAAGAUAAGUAAAUUUCACAGAUAAAAUUUUAUUUUAUGUAUAUUUUCAAUCACACUUAAAUAGCCUACAUCAUGCAAGCAGAAUUUUUAGCAUGGUGUAAAUUUAGAACCUGAAUAGUUCUGAAUUAUUUUCUCUAGAAGUUAUUCUAGUGAUUAUAUGACUCACUUUAAGAACCCGUGAGAACCUCAUUUUUUCAAAAUGGAAUAAGUUGGGUUUUUUUAAAGUUAAAUUGAUUCCAAAAUUACUAAAAAUUCAGCUUAAAAAUACAUAAAAAAUUAUAACAAGUCAGAAUCUAGCUAUUAUUGCCCUUUAUGUUGACUCGUUAAAAUGAAUUCUCAGUUCAUAUUAAUUGAUAACACACAUUCACAAUGUAUAAACUUUUACAUCAUUUCAAACGAUGCUCUCUCCUUUUGCUUACUUAUCCAAAUGUGCAGUUUAUGAAGGUUUACCUUUUCAAAAACAUCUUUUAUGUUUUUGAAAUUUUCAAAUUGGCGCCCUUGAAUGUUU